AUGUCUACAACUUCCGAUGUGCCAGCGCAUAGAGCAUGCGCGUCUUGCCGAGGCCAGAAGGUUCGAUGUAUCAUCGACGAGUCGAAUCCGGAAGUGUGUCAAAGAUGCGCAAGAUCGGGGCGCACCUGCGUUUUCACGCCAUUGCAGAAGCGUAAGCAGAGAAAGAGGACGGACACACGAGUGGCAGAGCUGGAGAAGGAGAUGCGCGCUAUGAGGCAGGCGUUGGCACAAAAAGAGCGAGAUAGUCGAUCGAGCAGCCCAACUCAGAGCCAGAGUCAGCACCAGCAGGAAGGAGAACGUGGACGCUCAGUUGGGUUGUGGUUCAAAGACCUCCAGCCAAACGCAGCUUUGCUGGGACAGGCAGACAAUCAGGGAAACGCAGAUGGGACAGAUGAGGCUACAUCACAGGCCAUCCGACGUGCUGCACAUUCACAGCAUGGACCUCUAGUGUGGCCAUGGAAAUACACGAAUAAGCCCUUGUCAGAAGAGGAAGAUGUAAUCGACCGCGGCCUUCUCAGCAUGGCUACUGCACGGCAACUCUUCGAAAUGUACAGAACACAACUCUUCGCUCAUUAUCCCAUGGUCGCGAUCCCAGACUCAGUAACAGCAGAUGACAUGCGCCGUACCAAGCCGGCCCUCUUCCUGGCGAUAAUUGCUGCAGCCGCGGGCAAAGAGAACUCCGAGCUUUCAGCGGCGCUGGACCAAGAAGUCUUACAGGCAUACGCAACGCGAAGCUUGGUGCAGUCUGAGAAAAGUCUUGAGCUCGUUCAGGCUCUUCUAGUAUCAGCCGUCUGGUACCAUCCACCAAUUAAAUUCGGGCAAUUGAAGUAUUACGAGUACAUUCACAUGGCCGCCACCAUGGCCAUGGACAUUGGAAUAGGCUCGAGGCCAGCGAUGCACCGCACUCGAUUCAAGAGCAAGCCAUCAGACCUUGUAGAUGACAAGGACAUCCAGCAUCCCGCCGAAGAUAUCAAGAAUCCAGAUCUGAGUAUGAGUGCCCGCACUCGUGACUCAAGCCCGGAUACGUCAAGUAUCGAAUGUCGCAGGACAUUUGUGGCAUGCUACAUCAUCUGUGCGGGUGUUUCCUUCAGCUUGAGGAGACCGAACAUGCUACGAGUGAGCAGCUACAUUCGAGAGUGCGUGGACCUUAUCGAAAGGACUCCUAACACAAUUCCGACCGACUCAACCUUGGUUGCUUGGGCGCGCUUGACAUUUUUAGGAGAGGAGAUUGCUGACUCCUUUUGCUACGCUGAUCCUGGCAAUAUCGCAUCAAUUACAGAGCUACGGGCGCAAAUGAUGCUCAAAGACUACGAAAAGAGGCUCUCGACGUGGUACGACAUAUACGAGAUGGACAUGGGUACCGGUUCGCUGCUCAUCAUGUACUACACCAUCCGACUGUACCUCUUCGAAAUCGCGCUGCAUGUCGAUCACUCUCCUGAGGACUUUCGAGCGCCUUAUCAGAUGGGCGGUAUUGACCCUCUGGCCAAUGCUGAUGACAUCCCAACCCAGAUCCUUGCGGAGACAAUCGCUCAAAGCAUUGCAAGCGCUCAUGGAUUGCUGAACACCUUCCUCGCGAUGGACGUAGAUGGUCUCCGAGCUCUGCCUGUCUUCAGCUACGUACGGGUCUCCUUUGCGAACUUUGUAUUGGCCAAGCUGUGUCUCUCAGCAGCAUCGCCCUGGAGCCGAAUAGGCAAGCUUGUCGAUCGGACCAGCCUGAAAGUUGACCCUUAUAUGGACCAAAUGAUCAUGCACGUUCGAAAUAUCAUCGGCACCAAGCGAUCGAGAGUUCCUUCAGUCUUCUUGGCGCUCUUGUUCAAGCUUCGCCAUUGGUGUCUUAAUCCUUCCAUGAUUGAACAGUCAGAAGAGUGGCGACGUCAGCAGCAGACCGGCGAGCUCCAGGAUGAUUCAACGGAUCGCGCGGUCACGAGCAAGCAACAAUUCGCCAUCGAUGUGGGAGGGCCUCGCAUCACUGAGCACACUAGCAGUGACGGCUGUUCUCCUCGGACUGCGGGCAAUGAAGGCUCAGGCGGCAGCGUAUCUGGCCUCUCGCCUACAGUUCAAUUCGCGGAUGCUACACUGAGCGCACCCCAAUACCCUCAGGACACGACCACGAAUGCGGUGCAGACGUCAAUGGAUGUCUCCAUGGCGCGGACAGCUCCAAUGAUGGCUGGACCCAGUGGCUGGCCCCUGGAUCAGAUGAACAUGAACUACGACGGCAAUAUCAUGCAGAUGCUUGGUGAAAUGAAUGCUUUCUCAGAAGGUGGUCUCACAGGCCUGGAUGAUUGGGCACAGAUGCCUUCUGACUUUACGGGAAUCAAUCAGAUGGACAUGAUGAAUUGGCAGAUGGCUUCCGGACCGAACGGAGGAGCAACAAUGGGAUGA